AUGCUGUCGAUGGACGAUCUUAUCAAGGCCAUCCACACAACCCCGAUUAUCGACAACCACGCCCACCCCUUGCUUACACCCUUUGCCCAAACCAAACAUGACCUCCUCGCAAUCACCACCGAAGCACACGGCAAGGCUAUGAAAGCUACCCCAUCUAGUCUCUCACAUCUCCGGGCCGUCAACCAGCUUUCAGAGAUCCUCGGGUGCGAAGCCAAAUGGCACGCUAUCGUCAAGGCUACUGAGAUAGAAAAGACUAGGCUGGGUCACGCUUGGGCGAAGAGAUGUCUGGAAGGUAUUGAAACAAUCCUCGUUGAUGAUGGGCUGGAUGGGAAAGACGAGGUCUUUGGUUAUCAAUGGCACGAUCAACUGACGAGGAGCAAAUGCAAGAGGAUUGUUCGCAUAGAAAAGGUGGCGGAAGAGAUCAUCGACGGGCUGUUGAAGAAUCGGGUAGCCGGAGCCCGAGAUGCAUUUGCAACGUUCAAACACUUCUUUCGGAAGGCGAUUAGAGAUUUCAUCAACGACCCGGAGGUUGUGGGUUUCAAAUCAGUUGUUUGCUACCGGAGUGGACUGGAUAUCUCGACUUGUGCGGAUUCCGAGUUCAUGUCCGAAUUUGUCGCUCUUUUCUCUGGCUUGAAGGCUCAAGGUGUCACCGAUUUCAAGAGGAUUGAUCGCGAAUUCAUCAACUGGUCUCUGGUGAACUUGACUGCGGAGCUCAUAGAGGAGAGUAAUGGGCAUAAGAAGCCAUUCCAGUUUCACACUGGGCUAGGCGACAAUGAUAUUACACUCACUCGAUCGUCUCCUUCGCAUCUUCAGAGUUUCAUCAGGAAAUAUCCCAAAGUUCCAAUUGUUCUCCUUCAUGGGAGUUAUCCAUGGACCCAAGAGGCGGGAUAUCUUGCAACUGUCUACGACAAUGUGUAUGCAGAUAUCGGUGAAGUGUUUCCCAUGGUAAGCAAAGAAGGGCAAGAACGAGUGGUUCGGGAAAUUCUGGAGCUUUGCCCGACAGAGAAGAUUCUGUGGAAAGAGCUGUUUUAUUCUAUGGGAGCUAAGGAGCCCGGAACUGUUUCGGGAGACCACAUGCAAGCUCCCGAGACAGCUGCUCCUUGGCUCUGCCCCAAGGUCAGCAUUUACUAUACUAAUACGUCGGUCAGGUUUCCGGAAACCUAUCUUUUAGCCAUUGUUCAAGUCCGAGAAGCACUAGAAGUAGUCCUACCCGAAUACGUGCGAAAAGAUGCUUUAACAAUUUCACAGGCCAUCAAAGCCGUAGAAAAUAUCCUAUUCACAACGUCAAACAAUCUAUACGAUCUUAGACUCCCCUUGAAAGCUUUCCCCCCAAGUUCGAUAUCCUUUCGUCCUAGAUCGGGGAUUCAAGACCUGGAAGUACUAAGAUCAUUCAUGGAGCGGCAUCAAGCUACAAAAUUCAUCCGUCUGCAAUACCUAGACUACACAUCAACCCUUCGACUGCGGGUAAUACCUGCAAAACGAGCGCUAAGUCUUCUACAAGCAAACAAUCACCUUCAAAUCGGCAUAACCAAGGCCGCUCUCGGGUUGCUUCAAAAUGAUAGCCUGAUCCCUGGAAUCACCCCGAGCGGCGAAUACAAACUUCAGGCCAUGCUCUCAUCACUUCGUCCAGGUCCGACCAAGGGCUUUGCUUCAGUCCAAUGCGAGUUCCGCGAAUACGAUGGCUCUGAAGUAGACCUCUGUCCUCGAUCACUACUACGACGUACCAUCAAUACAGCCAAAUCCCAAGGUCUACAGUUCCUAAUGGGCUUUGAAGUAGAAAUAGUCUUCAUGUCCCGUUCUCCCGAAGGCGCUUUCAUGCCAAUGGCCGAGUCACAGAGCCAUGUCUGGAGCUCCGCUCGUGCUCUCCAUGGAAGCGGGAAGCUGGAUCUGCUGAACGACAUCUACGACACUCUAUUAUCAGCCGGGAUAUCUCUGGAACAAUGGCAUGCCGAAAGCGCAGACGGGCAAUAUGAAUUCGUGCUUCCGCCCCUACCCCCUCUCGAGGCCGUCGAUACGCUUCUCCAAGCCCGCGAAAUCAUCACCACGGUAGCUGCAAACCACUCGUUGCGCGCGACUCUCUUCCCGAAGCCCUUUGACAACCAACCCGGCACUGCAGCACACGUUCACAUAUCAAUCACGUCGCGGAAUGGGGACGAUCCUGCCGUGUACGAGGCUUUCUAUGCGGGUUUCUUGAAGCAUCUUCCUGCCAUCAUAGCAUUUACGUAUAGCAAGCCAGCCAGCUUUGACCGUGUGCUCGACGGAUUCUGGGCUGGUGGUCGUUGGGUAGCAUGGGGGACGCAGAACCGGGAGACGGCGUUGCGGAAAGUCGCCGGCUCGCACUGGGAGUUCAAAUCCCUGGACGGGCUCGCGAACAUCUACCUGGCCAUUGCGGCGAUUCUCGCUGCAGGGACAGAGGGCUUUCUUGAUAAGGAGAAGAUGACGUGGGGGGACUGCGUGGCAGAUCCUGUGAGUCUGAGUGCGAGUGAACGAGAAAAACUGGGAAUUAGACAGAUGUUGCCGAAAGAUGCUAAGGAGGCUAUGAAAGCGCUGGCUGAUGAUGAGGUUUUGAUUGCAUUACUAGGGAAGGCGUUGGUGGAUAGAUACCAGGAGGUUAAAAAGGCGGAGUUUGAGUUGCUGGCUGGCAUGUCGGCAGAGGAGAGAAGGGAAUGGAUUAUCGAGCGGUACUAG